CGGCCGCCGUCUUAAAUCUUCAUAUUCGACACGCGGACGAGACCUCGCUCAGCGCCAUGUGGAGCCACGCCCCAUCCGGGUCCCGUGACAGCUACUUCCUCACUAUUCGCCAUGAUAACGUCACCGUGGAUACCAGAGAGGUGGAGCCUAACAUGAGGGAGUGCACGUUCAACGUGCUCACGCCUGGGAGACGGUACUCCAUCACCGUGGCAACCAGGAGCGUGAACCUGAACACGUCUGUGUCUGUGGAGGGAAGCACCGUUCCCAUGGCGUUGCGUACCAUCACUCUGAGUAGCUCAGGAGUCGACAGCCUCCAGGCAUCAUGGGAAAAACCACCAGGAGACGUGGACUCGUACACACUGACCCUGCUGCACGACAGUGUCGUCGUGCAGAACCUCAGUGUUUCUGUCACUUCCUCCUCUCUGCUGCUGACUGGGUUAAUGCCCGGCGCCCUCUACAGGCUGCAGGCUGCUGCUGUCAGCGGGGGACUGAGGUCGAAACCCACCAGUCUGGACGGACGCACGGCCCCAACAUCCGUCUCCGAGGUAACCGCUGCUAAUGGCGGCAGGUCUGACGCUCUGCAGGUGUCGUGGCGUCCGGCGCUGGGCAUGGUGGACAGUUACCUGGUCCAUCUUCAGGACGGCAGGAGAACCGUCCACACGCUCGCUGUGUCGCAGUCCUCGCCGCCCGAGUGCUCCUUCAGCUCGCUGGUUGCCGGGCGACUAUACACGGUUGUCAUCAAAACGAGGAGCGGCGGCCUGGAGAACGCCACCUCAAUUCAAGCACGAACACAACCUGCGACUGUUCAGAACCCGACAGCUGUUCACUCUGCACGAGAUGAUUUUCUCAAGGUGUACUGGCGUCACGCAGCAGGAGACCUGGAUCGCUACGUGGUUCUGAUCCGGUACAACCACAGCGUCCUGCAGAACAAAAGCGUCUCCGCAGGACACAACGAGUGCGUCUUCUCGUCCCUGACGCCGGGGAGACUCUACACCGUCACCGUGGAAACCUGGAGCGGGAGCUACGUCAGCAGCGUCUCGACUGACGGACGAACCUUUCCAGCAGCUGUAGGAAAUCUGUCGCUAGGCAACGCGGGAACAGGUGAUCUGACGGUCACCUGGAGCCCCGCCCCCGGAGAUGUCGACCAUUAUGAGGUCACUUUGCUCUUCAACGACACGCGGGUUUUCCCUCCGGUGACGCUGGGCAGUGACGUGCGGCGCCACCAGCUGACCUCCCUGACCCCCGGGCGUCUCUAUAAGAUGGUGGUGUCCACAUUCAGCGGACCGAACCAGAGAGCCCAGUUCAUCGAGGGACGGACAGUUCCCAGUCCGGUGGGAAACCUCCACAUGACUCCUCGACCUGGACUGAAGGACUCUGUCGGUGGACUCCUGGUCUCCUGGACACCUGGAGAUGGAGACAUGGACAUGUACAUCGUCUCUCUGUCAACUAUGGAUGGCGUCCUUGUCGAGACGCGUCCUGUCCCCAAACACGUCUCCUCCCUGGACUUCCUGGACCUGAUCCCAGGCCACGCCUACACCAUCACCGUCCAAUCACUGAGCGGGAAGCUGAGCAACACCAAGUCAGCCUCUGGCAGGACGGCUCCCGCCAGCGUCACGGCCCUGCAGGCCGACAACGACCACACCACCCACAGCCUCACCGUCACCUGGGAGAGGCCGGUGGGCGUGUACGACGGCUACAGUCUGCAGCUACUGGACGAGGCCGGCGUCAUCGUGGCCAACCGGUCGGUGCCCGUGGCGAGUCGAAGCGAGCGGCUGGAGGGUCUGACCUCAGGGAGGCGCUAUGGUGUGAGGGUGGUGACGCUGAGUGGAGGGGUCCCGUCUCUGGAGGCCACAGCAGAGGGACAAACACGUCCAGCUGCCGUCAGCAACCUGACCGUCACCUCGGCCAACACGUCCUCUCUCUCCUUCACCUGGCGUCCCUCAGACGGCCACGUGGAAAUCUACGACCUGUCUCUGUACAGCAUCGCUGAGGCAACAGCCAAUCACGGACAGGAUGCUGCAGGGAGACGAAAGGGGAAAACCCAGGGUGUCGGUGAACUGGUGGACCUGCAGAAAGUCGGCUCGGCCGCGGACAGCUGUUCCUUCUCCGGACUCGGAGCAGGACGUUUGUACCGACUGCAGGUGGUGAGCUGGAGCAGAGGAAUGAGCAGCGACUCGUCCGUACUCGCCAGAACUGUCCCGUCCCAGGUUUCGUCUCUCCAGGUUCAGAGUUCAGGACGGACGGACAGACUGACGGUCAGCUGGCAGCACGCUGAGGGGAGCUGGAGCAGCUACCAGGUCGUUCUGUACGAUGUUUCUGGAGCCACUCUGGGUGCUCAGACGCUGGGGGCGGAGCACAGGAGUCACAUGUUCCCAGGGCUGAUCCCUGGUAGGCUGUACCGCGCUGAGGUCAUCACGCACAGCGGGGAACUGACCAAUAAAGUCUCCGUUUCUGGACGCACCUCUCCACUGCCACCCACCCACCUGUCCGUCAAACAAGGUGCAAUCAAUGAGACUGUAGAGCUGUCGUGGUUUGGUCCCGCCUCUGGGGACUACGAUAACUUCAGCCUUCAGUGGACUCCUCCUGAUCACCUGUCAAUCACACACACCCACCUGACCGGGUGCGUGGUGGGCGGGAUGUUUCCAGGGCGACAGUACAACUUCACCGUGAUGACCGUGAGCGGGGGCAGGGGUGGGCUCACAGUCAGGAGCCAGCCUAUCCAGAGGAGCGUCAGAACAAGGCCGUCUCCUCUCAGGUUCAUCCACUGCUUCCCUCUCUCGUCGUCCUCUCUCUCCUGCUCCUGGUCGCCUCCUCUCUCUGACUUCGACUCCUACGAGGUCGAGUGUCGUCGUCACGACAGCGGGGAGCUGACCUCUGCUCUGAGGCUGGAUGAGGGCGUCACCGCGGUAACGCUGGACCACCUGGAGGCAUACAGGAAGUACACGGUGACAGUCAGAGUGUCGUCAGCCGGACACACGAGUCUGCCAGUGACACACACCACUGUCACCAUGAUAGACU